GUUCAGGAGAGCCUUCCUCCAGUGCUCUAUAAGGAGACAGUAUUUACUCUGUUGGCCUGGUUACAGCAGUGUGAGGUAUAUCAUAGUGAAGUGCUAGCCAUCCCCUCUACAGCCGUCACUGAAUACCCUACCAUGGAGGGGAGACUGAAGGAUGUCAAGGUAAUGCAGGUUGCGCUUGCAGAGCACCAGAGUGAGGUGGACUACCUGACGGCUACAGUGGACCAGGUGUUUCAGAAGGCCCCUCCUGAGAUCAGCCACAAGUACAGGGCAGAGAUGGACAGCAUCAUGACUCGCUGGAGACGCCUGUCUUCAACGCUGGGGGAACAGGCGACCAAGAUAACAGAGCUUAUGGCUAAAUUACUGCAGUUCCAGAAUGACGUGAAGACUCUGAGGAAGUGGAUGGCUGAUGUUGAUGUGUUCCUGAAUGAGGAGUGGCCAGCGCUGGGGGACUCAGAGGCCCUGCAGAAACAGCUGGAGCAGUGCACCGCCCUGGUGAAUGACAUCCACACCAUCCAACCCAGUCUGAACGGCAUCAAUGAGGUGGGCGUGUCUCUGAAGACAGAGGCGGAGCCAGCAUUCGCCAUCCAACUGCAGAAGGAGCUCGAUGAGCUGAACGCUAUGUGGGAGAUAAUCUGCAAACAGGCCUAUGCUAAGAAGUCUGCUCUGAAGGGGGGUCUGGACAAGACCAUGAGCCUGAGGAAGGAGAUGGCUGAGAUGCAGGAGUGGAUCACUCAGGCUGAGGAGGACUAUCUGGAGAGAGACUUCACUUACCAGACCCCUGAGGAGCUACGCAAGGCUGUGGAGGAACUCAAGAAGGGUCAAGAGGAGGUCCACUCUAAAGAGCUGAAGGUGAAGCUGCUGACUGACUCUGUGAACAGUUUCAUCUCCAAAGCCCCUCCGGCCGCCCACGAUGCCCUCAAGGCAGAGCUGGUCGUGCUGACGGCUAACUACCAGAGACUCUGCAGCCGCCUGGACGGCAAGUGUAAAACCCUGGAGGAGGUGUGGGCGUGUUGGUGUGAGCUGCUGUCCUACCUGGAGCAGGAGAACGGCUGGCUGGACCAGCUGGAGCAGAAGCUAGACGAGACAGACAGCAUCCCGGGGGGAGCAGAGGAGCUCUGUGAGGCCCUUGAUGCCCUGGACACAUUGCUGCGUCACCCUGAAGAUGGGAGGAACCAGAUCAGAGAGCUGUCGCAGACCCUGAUGGACGGAGGAGUUCUGGAUCAACUGAUCCAGCACAAACUAGAGGCCUUCAACACACGCUGGGAUGACCUCAUGCAGAGGGUGAGGUCUUCUCUGUGCGGUUGUCGGCAGCAGCAGCUGGAGUGGAGUGUGCAGUGGGCCCAGGAGAAUGACAAGACGCUGCGUCUCAUCAAUGACUCUCUGGACGCCACCGUGUGCCACCUGUCUGCCUACAUCGCUGACCACAUCUGUGCAGCACAGAUUCCACAGGAGGCACAGAAGAUCCAGACAGAGCUGAAUGGUCACGAGGCAACUCUGGCAGACAUGAAGAAGAAGAAUACAGAGAGAGACACAGUCAGAGAGAGUAGAGCCCAGAUCCACCUGAUACAGAAGAAACUCCAGGAGGUGCAUGUGAAGUUCAGGCUCUUCCAGAAGCCUGUGAACGUCGACCUGCGCCUCUCAGAGUGUGAGAGAGUUCUCUGGGAUGUGAAGGCACAGCUGGGGGUGUUGGACAUACGCAGCGUGGAACUGAUUGACGUGGUGCAGAUCAGACAGAGUAUGGAACAAUGCAUGAAGUUGUAUAAGAGUCUGAGUGAGGUGAAGUUGGAGAUAGAGACUGUGAUAAAGACCGGAAGACAGAUCGUUCAGAGACAGCAGACGGAGAAGCCUAAAGAGCUGGACGACAGACUCACUGCCCUCAAGCUGCUCUACAAUCAACUGGGCGCGCAGGUGACGGAGGGAAAACAGGAACUAGAGAAGAGUCUGAAGUUGUCCAGGAAACUGCGUAAGGAGUUGAACAGCCUGACAGAGUGGCUAGCUGCUACGGACGCUGAGCUGACUAGGAGGUCGGCUGUGGAGGGGAUGCCCAGUGAUCUAGAGGCUGAGCUGGACUGGGCCAAGGCAGCCCAGAAGCAGACAGAGAAGCAUGCUCCCCAGUUGAAGGCUGUAGAGGAGUUGGCUGAAGCCUUGAAGGCAGUGCUGAGAGGUCAGGAGAGCCUGGUCGAUGACAAGGUCCAGCUGCUCAACUGUAACUGGGUCGCUGUCACCUCCAGGAGUGAGGAGUGGUUAAAGCUACUGCUGGACUACCAGAGCCAGAUGGAGAAAUUGGAUGUGAGUAUGAAGGUGAUAAAGGAGUGGAUGGAGGGAGCAGAGAAAGAGAUGGACCAGAUAGAGAACCAGGGACCCAACGACCCUGUCCUCAAGGGUCUGCGUGGGGACUUGGAGGUGAUGCAUGGUAAGGUGGAGGCGGUGCGGGUGCUACACCAGGGUCUGAUGGGUAUUCGUGGGGAACACUGCCAGGCACAGCUGGGGCCCAACCUGGAAAAGCUCAACCAGCGUUUUGACAGCAUCGCACAGCGUAUCACUGCAGGACAGGUAGCAGCAUCAGCGGUGGAGGUGGAGCAGUUCCACAGUGAAGCUAAGAUCUGGCUGGACCUGCUGGAGGAAGAAGAGAAACAGGGAGAGAACCUCAAGGAGGAAGAUUUCACAGGACAGGACGGGAACUGUGAGGAGGGGGCAGUGAAGGAGCUGUUGCUGAAAGGACAGAAGCUACAGAGGAGAGUUCCAGACCUGGACAAGAAAGAACAGAUCAGAAUCAAACACAAUCAGCUCAACACUAAAUACAACAGUGUCAUGGACCUGCGAGGUGUGAGGAGGAGGAAGGCCCUGGCGAUAGCCCCCCAGUGGUAUCAGUACCGUAGGAAGACUGAUGACCUUCUCCAGUGGCUGGACGACAUUGAGAGGAGCGUGGCUGAACUACCUGAUCCAGCAGAGGAACAGCGGGUUAAGGAGAUUGGCUCAGAGUUCGAUGGGAAGAGUGAGGAUCUGAAAGAGGUGCAGGGAUUGGCCAAAGAACUGUCAGACGCAGGGGCGACCUCGCUGGUGCAGCCCCGCCUCCUCCAGCUCAACACACGCUGGCAGGAGGUGGAGGCUAAAUUCACCCCCUACCGCCGACAAAGUGAGUACCUGGGAGAGCUGCAGACCCUGCUGCGUUCCGUCUCUGAGACAGACUUCCAACUGAACUCUCCUGAGUACUGGCAGGCCGUCUUCUACAACCUACCCCAGCAGGGACAGUGCCUUCAGGAGGUGAAGGUGAAUCUGAAGAACCUCCGCCCCCCUGUAGAGGGCGCUCUAGCCAGGAGAGAGGAGGUGGUGGCCAUCGCCACUCCAGCAGAGAGCACCAGGGUUCAGGAGACAGCUCUGCUGCUCAACACUAACUGGGACAAAGUCAACAAGCUGUACCUGGACAGGCUCAGGCGCUGGGAGACGUCCAAUGCUAAGUGGCUGAAGUUCAUAGCGGACCAGAAGGUGUUUGGUGAUUGGUUGAGUGGUGCGGAGACCACUCUGAAACAGGCGAAGACAGACCCUGCUGGGACCAGACCACACCUUAAGGAGCUGCAGGAGAGCAUGGGGGCCCAGGGGGGUGUGGUGGCAGGGCUGAACGCUGCAGGGAAGGAGAUCAUUGGUCAGAGUACGCAGGAGGACGGAGCUCAGAUCAGGCUACAGCUCAACACCCUCAACACACGCUGGGUGAACAUCACCCAGGAGAUCGCAGAGAGGAAGAGGAGGCCUGCAGAGGCACGUACUGCAGCGAUGGGGCUGCAGGAGGACAUGGGGGAGUUCCUGUCCUGGCUGGAUGAGGCUGAGGAGGUCGUGGCCAUCCCCCUGACGCCUGGAGAUCACCACCAGAUGAACGCCACCCUGGAGAAAGUCACGGCUCGUGUGUUGGAGCUACCAGCCAGACAGAACAGUGUGGAUACCAUCAACACGAGGACCGGCACCAUUCCCCUCCCUGCUGACCAACAGAAGGAGAUGAAGAGGACCAACACACGCUGGGUACAGGUGUCUAAAGACCUGCCUGAGAAGCAGAAGCAGAUUGAGAGCUUGCUGAAGGAGCUGUCUCACUUCCAAGACCGGCUAACUUACCUCUCCUCGUGGACCUCAACCACCAGGACCACCCUAGAGGAAAACCCUGACAACGUGGAACCCAAGCUCGUAGAUGAAGUCCAGGUCAAGAAGCCUGAGGUGGAGGGGGUGUUGGCUAAGGGCCAGGAGCUGUACAAGGACACGCCUCCCAGCCAACCAGAGAAGGAGAAGUACCACAGUCUGAGUGAUGAUUGGAGGGCGAUUCAGGGGCAAAUGAUAGUACACAGAGAGAGGCUGGCUGCUCUAAGGAUCCAGAAAACCACCAACCCUCCAGGAGACGCCCCAGCCCUGGCUCAGUUCAACAAGGCCUGGGCAGAGCUCUCUGAUUGGCUAUCCCUGCUGGAUCAGAUGGUACAGACACAGAGGGUGACUAGUGCUGUGGAUCAGGACCUGGACGACAUCAACCACAUGAUCGGAGCACUGGGGGACAUGGAGCGGCGGCGCCCCCAGCUGGAGGGUCAGCUGACUGCAGCCCAGAACCUGAAGAACAAAACCAACAACCAGGAGACACGAGCUGCUAUCACCGACCGCAUUGACAGGUUGCAGACCCACUGGGAGGAGUCACAGGGAAGACUGGCUGAUAGACAUCAACAGCUACAGAACAUGCUGCAGGACUCCUCUGAUUGGUUGGACGCCAGGAAGGAGGUGGAACCUCUCAUCAAACGAGCCAAUGACAAGCUGGAGUCGUGGCAGGAUAUUUCCUACACCAUGGAUGCUCUGAAGAAGCAAAACACUGACCUCAAGCUGUUUGUGAAGGAGCUGCACCAGUGGCAGGGUCAGGUGGACGUGACCAAUGACCUGGCAGGGAAGCUGUUAACCCUUUACUCUACCGACCACACACACAAGGUCACACAGAUGACCGACGCCACGAACGUUACCUGGGAGCACAUCAACAAACGUGUCGGGGACCGUGAGGCGGCUCUGUCAGCUGCUCUGAGGCUGUUGCAGCAGUUCUACCUGGACCUGAAGGAGUUCCUCAACUGGCUGACGGAGGCAGAGACCACCUGUAACGUCCUGCUGGACGCCUCACACAAGGAGAGGCUGCUGGAAGACCCUGAGGCUGUACGACACCUGCUGCAGGGCAGUUACCAGGUCACUCUGGGGCACAGCGAUGCCGUACUCCUACAGAGCCGCCUGGACAACAUGGGCCAGCGCUGGGACGAGCUGCGCAGCAAAACCAUGAGACCCAGCUUCAGGAGAGAUCUGAGGGCCAAGGGCCCGGUGGUUAACGGGGCCCUGGACCAGGUUCAGAUCUUCCUGUCUGAGCUGCCUGCUGAGAGGGAGCCUCAGCCUGUCCAGAGAGACAUCAGUCCAGAGGAGCGUGCCCAGAACGUGGGGCGUGUCCUGCGAAAGGAAGCGGAGGAUGUGGCGUCUGGGUGGGAGGGGCUUAACGAGGAGGCUGCUGAUUGGCAGAGGAGGCUGGAGCUGGCUCUGGAUAGGCUGUUGGAGCUUCAGAAGGCCCAGGACCAGCUGGAGCUGAGGCUGAGCCAGGCUGAGAUGGUGAAGGAGGCCUGGGAGCCUGUAGGAGACCUGCUCAUAGACUCACUACCUGAACACAUUGACAGGGUCAAGGCGUUCCAGGCAGAGAUCGCUCCUAUCAAAGAUGAUGUGAGUCACGUCAACAACCUGGCCUCUACCUUCGGCCCUCCUGACCUUGUCCUCUCACGACCCAACCUGGACAGACUGGAUGACCUCAACACACGCUGGAGGAUGCUACAGGUUUCCAUGGGAACGUGUAAAAAGUCAGGGGGUGGAAUGGCGGUGGAUGAGUUGGGGGUUGUGUCUGAGAUCUCCAUCAAAGACCAUCUGAAGCAGCUGACAGAUGCUCAGAGGGACUUUGGCUCUCUGCAGGGUUCUGUUCAAGGUCCAUUUGAGCAGGCGGUCUCACCCAAUAACGUGCCCUACUACAUCAAAGAGAAAACACCAGAAGUCCUGGCCCAGACCAUCUAUGACCACCAGACACAGACAACAUGCUGGGACCAUCCCAAGAUGGCCGACCUCUACCAGUCUCUGGGUAAGAGGUCCACAUACAGUGGACCAACAGACAAAUUGAACCUUUGUCAAGUAGGACCUAUUUCAGUUGCACUUGAUGAGGUUUGGGUUUUAAAAUUCAGUGUACUUUCAAUAAAUUCCCUGUUUUCCAAAACAUCCCGGUUGGUUUUCCUGCUUAUUCCCUUCCCAGUGUCACCACCCAAACUACCUCAUCUCCCCCACAACGUGCGCCCAAACUACCUCAUCUCUCCAGCUCUCACAGUGGACAGCCAUCUCCCCCACCAGCUCCAGCCCUCUCACAGUGCGCAUCUCCCCCACCAGCAGAAAGCUCUGUGUCUGGACCUCCUGGGUAUGCCCGCAGCGUGUGAGGUCUUUGAGCAGCAUGGCCUGAAGCAGAAUGAGCAUCUGAUGGACAUCAUGCAGGUGAUGACGUGUCUGACCAGCCUCUAUGAGAAACUGGACCAGCAGCAUGGGAACCUGGUCAACGUCCCGCUGUGUGUCGACAUGUGUCUCAACUGGCUGCUCAAUGUUUAUGACACAGGAAGAAGUGGAAAAAUCAGAACUCUGUCCUUCAAAACCGGCAUCAUCUCACUCUGCAAAGCACACCUGGAAGACAAAUACAGAUUCCUGUUCCGCCAGGUAGCCAGUGCAACAGGGUUCUGUGACCAGCGGAGGCUGGGUCUUCUCCUCCAUGAUUCCAUCCAGAUCCCCCGUCAGCUGGGAGAGGUGGCCUCCUUCGGGGGCUCCAACAUCGAGCCCAGCGUCCGCAGCUGCUUCCAGUUUGCCAAUAACAAGCCAGAGCUGGAAGCUGCUAUGUUCCUGGACUGGAUGCGUCUGGAGCCUCAGUCGAUGGUGUGGCUGCCUGUCUUACACCGUGUGGCGGCUGCUGAGACAGCCAAACACCAGGCCAAGUGUAACAUCUGCAAGGAGUGUCCUAUCAUCGGCUUCAGGUACCGAAGCUGUCUAAAGCAUUUUAACUAUGACAUCUGCCAAAGCUGCUUCUUCUCUGGCCGUGUGGCUAAGGGACACAAGAUGCUACCUCAUGGUGGAACGAGGGCUGUGAACAAGGGGUCUUUGUUCUGUGUGUUUCAGACUACGUCAGGGGAGGAUGUGAGGGACUUUGCCAAGGUACUGAAAAACAAAUUCAGGACCAAACGAUACUUCGCUAAGCACCCCCGUAUGGGCUACCUCCCUGUGCAGACCAUCCUGGAGGGGGACAACCUGGAGACUCCCGUAACUCUGAUCAACUUCUGGCCGGUAGAUCAUGCAACAUUAAACCAGCACAACACAACACUCAUCCACAUGUUAUCUGUCAUACAAACUAAUAGCAACCUCUCUCUGUGUGUAUGCCCCCCCGCCUCCUCUCUCCUUCUCCCUCCCUCCUUCUAUCACUGUAGUGAUGAUGAACACCUGUUGAUUCAGCACUACUGUCAGAGUCUGAACCAGGGCUCUCCCCUCAGCCAGCCACGCAGCCCCGCCCAGAUCCUCAUCUCCAUGGAGAGUGAGGAGAAGGGGGAGCUGGAGAGGGUGCUCAACGAUCUGGAGUCAGACAACAGGAAGCUACAGGCGGAGUAUGACAAGUUGAAGAAGGCCCACGACCACCAGGGUCUGUCCCCACUCCCCUCACCCCCGGAGAUGCUGCCCGCUUCGCCCCAGAGCCCACGGGACGCCGAGCUGAUCGCUGAGGCCAAACUGCUGAGGCAGCACAAAGGACGGCUGGAGGCUCGGAUGCAGAUCCUGGAGGACCAUAACAAACAACUGGAGUCACAGCUACACCGGCUCAGACAGCUACUGGAACAGACUGACUCCAAGGUGAACGGUACAGCCCUGUCGUCUCCCUCCACCUCGUCCCAGCGCUCUGACACCAGUCUGCCUCUGAUGCGUGUAGCAGGCAGCCAGACGACAGAGACCAUGGGUGACGAUGAGCUGUCGAGUCCGUCCCAAGAUGCAUUGGGGCUAGAGGAGGUGAUGGAGCAGCUAAACAACUCCUUCCCCCACAGCCAAGGACUGAGUGUCGGCAGUCUGUUCCACAUGGCAGAUGACCUGGGUCGAGCCAUGGAGUCAUUGGUCAACGUGAUGACGGACGAACAGAGUGGCGAGUAGCGGAAGACGAGGGCCCGCCCCUUACCCACUCCCCAACCAACCCCCUCCCCCGCAUGCUUUUCUAGUCAAAACAACUGGAUUGGACACGUUUACAAAGAGAAAUAUACAUAUAUUUUUGUGAAGGAACAGCAUUACAAAACUUGUAGAUUUCAGUAGUUUCUUAAAAGUAUCGAAAAUGGUUUUAUUAACAAAAGGCAGGUUUUUAAACUUCUAUGCAAUUGUAUAAAAAAAAAAAUAAGAGAAAGAAAGUAUGUGUAAAUCUUGUGAACGUAUUUCCAUUUCUUUGUAUGGAGCAUUUCACAACAUUUGUAUCAAAAAGAAAGAUUGUAAACAUAAGGGUGCUUUAUAUUACAAAACUAUGUUUAUUAUAACAACAAAAGAUGAUAUACAGUAAAGGUAAUGCAGUCGUCCUGUACCCUUUCAGCGGAGAGACACUGACUGUGUGUAUGUAUGCACGUUUGUGUGUGUCUUGGUACGCAAGGAUGUGUGUGACGUGUGUGUGUGUGUGUGUGAAGGUAAUCUAUUUUCCACAUUGCAUUAUAGCUUUUGCUUUGGGCUGAUGCACCUCUUGUUGUUUAUCAAACCAUCCAUCCAUCCAUAGGUCAUAGGUCAUCUUUUUCUUUAGUAGUGUCUGUUUGAUCGUAUCAUAAUAUGAUACUAUGCCCUUUGCCUCGUUCACCGCAGCUCUGGUCCACUCCUCUGUGUUGGAUCUACCAUGAGGAGCCAUAGAGCACAGACUGAAAGGUUCAAUCUGGGAUAUUAACAGCUGUUACUGUUGCUUUUCAAAUGAAGGAUUGGGCCUUUAACACUGACAGAAAGAAAGUAACAGUGUUGUUUUAAUACCUAUUCAUAGUGGUUUUGUAGGAUUAUGGAAUUUAAUUUGAAUUUAAUACCAUUUAAAAUAGAGCUACAGUACAGUGUGACAUUCAGCUGUUUGUAAUCCUGAGAUUAUUUUAUUGAUUUGAAAUCUAUUUGAUUUGAUCUGAGUUCUCUCCUAGUGUGAUUGGGAGUGUUUUAAGAUACAAGUGUAUGAUUCUAGAACCCCCAGUAAUGCAAGCUCUACCUCCUUUUAAUUGGUCAAAACCCAACUUUCACAUUCUUUUUCAUUCUGAUCCUUCCUAGGAAGGUGCAGAAAAUAUUCUACUGUAGUUGGAUGCCAUCUAAAAGAACCCAUCCAUGUUUUGAAAUGGAAUGACUCCCUCCAGAUACAUACACUGUAGUGUCCUCAGUGUAGCUGGAUGCCAUCUAAAAGAACCCAUCCAUGUUUUGAAAUGGAAUGACUCCCUCCAGAUACAUACACUGUAGUGUCCUCAGUGUAGCUGGAUGCCAUCUAAAAGAACCCAUCCAUGUUUUGAAAUGGAAUGACUCCCUCCAGAUACAUACAC